GCAUGGCCCACCUGUCAGUCUCAAGCCAGACUACACUACCCGGUCUUCUCCUUUCUCUCCCUGUGCACGCCCGCACCCACGGAGCCGCUGACCGCCGGUGCUCCGCCCAGCGCCGCCGCCCCUCUGCCCCCUGCACCGCGCGGCCCUCUGCUCCGCCUGUCCAGCGUUGCCAGUCCUGCUUCAUCUCCUGAGCCUCUCUCCCUACCUCUCCCUCUCCCUCCAUCCCCAACGACGGCGGCCACAACUCAGAUCGACGGCGGCAGAGCAGGGGACGGAAGAAAUUAGCGUCGACGGAGAAAGGCGCGGACGCAUCUGGACAGAAGAAUCGGCGGGAGAGAAGAUUCACCUCGACGGUUGGGGGAUAGGGAUCCCCGAUCGCUCUGCUCCAUAUGGGGAACCCCGAGGCUGAUUUGGGGGACGGCUGGAGAUGAGGAACCGGAUGGGGCUUCUGCUCGAGGAUGAUUUUGGGCCAAAUUCCUUAUAUUUAGCUAUUGGGCAUGGGACAGGGCUUCUCCUGGAGAUGCUCUUAACGAGUCGAGCUGCUCGAUAGUCCACCCCCGACGGAAUGGUGGAAUCGGGAGCAGGAGCAGGAGAUCUCCUCCUCCACGACUUUGAGCGAAUCCUCCAUGACGACCCCAACAUAGACGAGGUGGGGUUCCUGCAUCCCACGCAGAUGGACUCACUACCGCUCCUCGGCAGCAACAAAUCCCCAUACUUGUGGUGCUCAGACCACAAGCUCGCCAUCUCCACCCACGUCCUGCCCGACCUCUACCGCGCGGCACGCCAGGCACACUCCAAAGCAGCAACAACAUCGCCAUCUGCCGAUGCUCCUGCCUUGAUCAUGUUGCAUAGCAAGGCGCUGCUCAUACUCUGCCCUGACUCGUUCACUGCGUGGAAUUCCAGGAAGAAAGUGCUGUCUGCCGAUCAUAAUCUCACACAACUCGAAGCUGAGCUGCAGUUCUGUGCCUUGAUCCUCUCCUAUGCGCUGAAGAAUGAGAGCACCUGGAGUCACAGGUUUGUUUGUGCUACCAUAAGUAACUACUUCCUCUACCACAGGAGAUGGGUCAUCACAAAGCUUGCACAAAGCCACCAGGAUAUGCCACAGAUUAUAGACAAGGAAUCGGUACUAGUCAAACAGAUUGCAGAGAAAUCAAAGAUGAACUACCGUGCAUGGAGGCAUCGAUGCUGGCUUAUUCCUUACAUGAAACCAAAACAGGUGCUGGAUGAGUUGAACAAGUCAAUAAAAUGGGGUGAGCUGCAUGUUGCCGACAACUGCUGCUUUCACUACCGCAGGUCCCUGCUUCUUGCCUUGCUAGACAACCGCAGUGAAGAGAACGGAGGAGAUACCCUUCACUGGGAGUCAGAAGCUCAUCUAUUGUGGACGGAGGAACUGCGGUGGAAUGAGAUGCUCAUCAGACGCUACCAAGGGAGAGAGUCCUUGUGGACCCAUCGUCGGUUCCUCUCACAGUGGUGGGUGCAACGUUUGCUCAGCCAUGAGGAAACCGGCCUGUCAAAGGAGGAGUCCCUGGCAGACAUCUUCCUAGGCCAGGAGAUACAACUCCUCUCAGACUGUCUGGAUGCUCCUGGAGAUGAGUUCGGCGAAACUCGCAUCCAGGCGGAGCUUGCAGCUCUCUACAUUCUUUGGAUAUCAAAGCAGGAUGCGGUGGUGAAACGGAAGGUGGAAGAGAGGUUAGAGUUGCUGGGGAGCCUGAAGGAGGUGUUGGCAAAGGCCUGCCCGGGGAAGAGCAGACUGUGGACACAGUUGCUUCAAUGCUGAUCCACAGAUUUUGCUGUAUUGUGUGUUAGGAUAGAGACCAUCGAGGUUUGCGGUUCUGGUUACUCGUGCUGCAUCCUAUACAACAGAAUAGGGAUCGAGAAACAAAGAUUAGUUAAUCAGAAUAGAAUCUGCAUUUCAUCUUCAUGGUGCGAUUGAUUCAUGUAACCUAAUGUAGGGGUACUGCGUCUGUUCUUGUUAUGGCAUGGAAUCAAAUGUUUGCCUGAUUUGAGCUGGUGAGGUUGCCUCUGAUAAUGUUGUGCGCUCCUGUUACUAAACAGCCCAGUUUUAGCUUUUAUGUAGUAUAUGUCAAA